AUGCAUUUGACAUCCUUGUCAGCCCUCUUCACAACAGCGCUUCUUGCAUUUGCAUCUCUUUCCGAGGCAGUACUGCCAGGAACAUGGCCACCGAUGGAUCAACCUCCUCCGAUAAAACCGGAGUGGGUUAAAUUGGUUGACAAAAAGAAACUACCAAAAGCUCCCAUACAAAGUGCACAAGCUGCAGAUUGUUCCAAGGCUGUAGAGUUUUGUAUAUGGUCAUGCAAUACUUGCCUACGAAACGCAUCAGAUGUCUCAACUUGUCCAAACGACAAAGAUUGGGGCUUUAGUUUCGACGAUGGUCCGUCAACCUUCACACCAGCACUUCUCGACUUUCUAAAGAGCACCAAUACUAAGGUCACAUUUGCCGUCGUUGGUUCGCGAGUCUUCCAAAACCCUGAGAUCCUCCAACGUAUCAAGGAGGAAGGACACGAAAUAGUAGUACACACAUGGUCACAUCCGGCACUUACUACUAUAUCAACAGAACAAAUCAUUGCUGAAAUUAAAUGGACCGAGUUAGCAAUCCAAACAGCUAUCGGACUUACUCCCAAGUACAUGAGACCACCAAGAGGUGAUAUGGAUGACAGAGUAAGAUCUAUUGCAACUCAGUUGGGAUAUAAAAUUCUAAUGUGGGAUCGUGAUACAUUCGAUUGGAAGUCGGCCGACGAUCCUAAUUACCAGCCCUCUUGGAUUUACGACAAUUUCACACAAUGGGUUACUGAUUCAAAGGGUCACAUUUCACUCGAGCAUGAUUUAUAUGAAAUAGGUGCUACCAAUGCUCCUUAUGCCGUAUCUAUUGUUCGAAAAGCAGGAUAUACCAUCAAACCAGUGUCUGUGUGUACCGGAACGGCGGCAUACAAAGAAAACGUUCAACUAGUCGCCAGUGGGCCAGUUCCAGCUGAUGAACAGAUAUGGGGUAUGGCAUGCUGGGAUGAGACACUCCUUGUAACACGGCAGAUGAACUAUCAAACCCCGAAUCAUGUGUGA